AACAAGCAUAUAAAAACACUGCUGUACUUGGGCAAAUUCACUUCAGUAAAUUCACAGCAAUCUUUUGCACUAAGGAAUUUAUCAUCACUGGCGAAAAAGGAAGAAAGCAGAACAAUAACAAUGGAUUACGAAAAUGUAGAUGAUUAUAAUUACACUUACAAAGACUCUGACAAUCAAGAUCAAAAUUUCUCUUCCACAGUUAAUUACCCUGCAUCAUCAAACCGCCCCCAAUCACACACUGAAGACCCAUUUAAAAUAUUUAUCAUUGUAUUACUGGCAAUAAUAUUUCUUCUGGGUGUGAGUGGGAAUGGGCUGGUCAUCUGGAUGACGGGCUUCAAGAUGAAGAGGACAGUCAACACCACCUGGUACCUCAGCCUGGCCGUCACUGACUUCAUAUUCUGUGUCUUUAUUCCCUUCAGUAUCAUGCAUGUAGCCUACGACUUCCACUGGCACUUUGGACUAGUUAUGUGUAAACUGACGUCCUUCAUAAUGUUCCUCAACAUGUUUGUCAGUAUCUUCCUCCUGACCCUCAUCAGCAUUGACCGCUGUGUGUCAGUCAUCUUCCCUGUCUGGUCUCAGAAUUACCGCACUCCAAGAAUGGCUUCUGUAGUGGUCCUGGCUGCAUGGGUGGCUUCUGCCCUCUUAAGCACACCCUCCCUUGUGUUCCGUGACAUCCUUUCCACAGAUGAGAAAACCACUUGCCACAAUAACUAUAGACUGGCUAGUGACCAAUCACACCAGUCUGCAGCUGAGAGACACAAAGCUGUUUCUUUAACACGAUUUAUCUGCAGCUUUGUGAUUCCCUUCACAGUUAUAGUCAUUUGUUACUCCAUCAUUGUCGCAAAAGUGAGAAACAACCGCAUGGCAAAAUCCUCCAAGCCAUUCAAAAUCACAGCAGGCAUCAUCAUUGCAUUCUUCAUCUGCUGGUUGCCCUAUCACGUGUUCAUAAUAAUGGAGAUCAGCCACCACCAGCACAAUAAACAGGUGUUCCACUAUGGGAUGCAAAUAGCCUACAUGCUCGCUUCUGCCAAUAGCUUCUUAAACCCUAUCCUCUAUGUAUUCAUGGGCAAAGACUUUCAGCAGAAGUUCAGGCUCUCAGUUCUUUCCAGGAUGGAAAAUGCACUGGGUGAGGAUGUACAGACAAGCAGGUGGUUCUCAAGGACCAAUUCAACUUCUGACAAAGUCUCAACCCACAUAUAACCUUGUGAACUUUCUCCUUGACUGUUUAUCAGAGCUGUCUUAACUAAUGCAUUGCUCUUCUGGGUUAGAUUAAUUUGAGAUUCUGUGGCCUCAAUAGAAUUCUCUGCUAUCAAAUCACCUGCUAUCAAAAGUUCUGUGCUCUAUAUUAUCACACUGUAUGCACAUGUUUUAUUUUGUUCUGUUGCACUUUGUCCAUUAUUAAGCAUGCAUUAAAAAUGAUCUGGCAUUUAAUAGAAUGAAUACCUCUGGGGAAAUCAAUUUGUAAUUGCACAUGAAUUAAAAAACAGUGUUAAUUCAGUUAUAUUUAUCCUCUUACUGUACUUACAAGACAAGACAACUUGGAAUAACAUGUACUUGCACUGAUGGCUUUAAUUGUUGUCAACCUCUUGACAUAACAUCAUUGAAUAUUAACUUUUCUAUAAUGUGCUUGUAUAUAUUUCUGUAACAUGUAAAUGCAUUUUUGCUACAAUGGUCCAUUAGAGAAUACUUACUUGAUUAUUACAUUUGACUACAGCCUCCCAAAGCCUUUGUAAAAUAUUUCUCAGGGAUUAAAGCGAUAAUGCAUUUCAUUUCAUUUUAAAAUGUUACUAAAAUCUAUUAUGAUGUUUCUAAUGAUCUGUUUGCAUUUUAAUGAAAAGAAGUCCAUCAUUACACAUGAAGUGCCUCUUCUCUUUUAAAGAUGCAGUUGCAGUUUUGAAAUGAUUCUAUUGUCAUGUGUAAAGCAUGAAGAUCAUGGUUAUUCAAUGUGUUUGUAAUUAGAAAGUUACUGUAUAUAUAAUGCACUCCCUGUUCUUAAAUAGUCAUUAGUUAAGAAUAGCAAACAGAAGUACUAUCCCUUCAGCCCGUAGCUGAUUGGGAUUGACACAGUCUCAUGAUAACAAUGCUUCUUUUCACAGGAGGGUUGCACACUGUCGUAUUCACAUUUGUAGUCUGAAUGUUACAAUAUGCACUUUGCCAACAUUUAUUUCUCACUGCAUCUAUUCUGACAAAGAAAGGUCAAGCUCAGUCAUUCAGCCAAUGAAAAAAGCUAAGAUUUUAAUAGGAAAAAGCCUGCUUAUUGAAAUCUUGGUGGAGUGGCAUUAGUGUUUUCGAGCACGGUGUAGUGAUGGCAUCAUCAAUCAGAGGUUUAGAAAGACAGAGAGAAAAGCUAGUUAUAAACUGCAAAGAUUACUGAAGUAUAAGAAGUGAUCACUUACAGUUCUGAAGAUGUGGUGUCAUACGGAUUCUGACCUCGAGCUUGUGUUUUUCUUUGUUGGUUUUGUGGACAAUUAUAUCAGUUUUUGGUUAGAAUGAAUUAGGUUAAAGAGAAGGGAUAAGAAUUUAUUGCAGCUUUAUUGUUUAAUUGUUUGAAAUUGUUUCGUUCAUUCAUUUAGUAUAAGAUUCAUAUUCAAAAUCUGUUCAAAUGAGCUGCAGAUUAUUUCUGAGUAACAUUUUAAAAGCAUUUUGAUGUGUUAUUUUGUUUUUUUUUUAAACGUCUAUCUGUAAAGAAUGGAACUUUAGACACAUUCAUUAGGUGUGUUGUGUUCUCCGUGUACCAAAUAAAGUGUUGCUUUUCUAAUUCCCAA